AUGCAGCGGCGCGUCACGGAUGACGGCGCGUCGCUGCUGCCGCGCGGCGCGGCUGCCACGCGCGUCAGCGGCGGCGGCGGGCAGCCCGACGAACCCGCGGCUGCAGAGGCGGCCCCGAGCGGUCGCGACGGCGACGGCAGCUUCGGCCCUGGCAGCAGCAUCGCCCGCAGCAGCAGGGAUGGCGGCGGCGGUGGCGCGCUGCGACCAGGGCAGGGUCGGGACGUGGUGCUGGCUGUGUAUGGAGGUCUCAUGACAUCAGCGUGUCCCUCGGAAGCUUCCAAGAGGGCCACACCCGUCCUCUGCUCCGCUUUAUAUAGCAGCGGCGCCGCCGCCAGCAGCGAGCCGCGGGCCACCGCCGGGAACCACGCGCGCACGCCGCCUGUGUCCGGAUCCAGGCGACCGGCGCCUGCGCGGGGCAGCGGCGGCUGGCACGGCCGCGGGGGGGCGGGGGCUGAGCCGGAUCUUGUCGCCAGCGGCAUCAUCAGCGCCGGCUUUGACCUGCUGUGGUCGCAUCCACCGGGCCCAGCACCGCCCCGGAACGCAGGCUCCACCUCAGCCACCCCGACAGCCGCAGCCGCCCCCAGCCUGCCGCAGCCACCGCCGCCCAGCGGCGGCUCGCCGACGGGGGCGCCGCACGGCGCUCGCAGCGCCGGCCACGGGCAGGCGCAGCCCUGCCCGCCCCUGCAUGCGGCAGCGAGCGGCGCUGGCAGCCCCUGUUUCAGCCGGGCGGACGGCGCAGGCCAGCGCCCGACCGCGCCUGUACCCGAGGCUGCGCCGCUUCAAGGCGCAGCGAGCGACAGUCGGUCGCCUGCACCCGCGCCUGAACAGCGCCCCACAGGGGCGCAGCGGGGGCCACAUCAGCACGCGGGGCCGCGUCACCGCGGUGAUGUCAUCCCCGCGGGCGGCGGGGGCACUGCGAGCCUGCGCGCCUACUGGGAGGGGCGCUCGGGGCGCCCCAGCCACCACAAGAGUCUCCCCAACCGCCCACACUGA